AUGAAUAUGGUUCUGUUAGAGUUACGAAAUUGUGAUAUGAUUACACAUGGCUCUUUUACCAUUGCAAAUAUACUCCCAGAUGGCUUUUUACCCAGCCAAGACUGUACUAUAGAGCAUACCAUUGGCCCUCUUUCCGUAGCAGAUUCUUUUAUGAAGGACUUUAGCAUGCUUAUGGAACAUCAGCACAUUAGUUUGAUACAUUCUUACUACUUUGGCUCAGUUGGUGCGAAAGAGACAAACUUAAACAAGCAUCCGGUUCAGAUGGCCAUCUUCAAGGCCCUAGAAUCAUCUGGAAUAGAGCGAGGCAAGUUUAAAGAAACAUCAUUAAAGUCUUAUGAAAUGGGAAAUGCUCUUGUUGAUGUUACCACAAACAUGAAAAAUAUGUGGAGCACGCCAAAAAUCUUCUAUGGCUUGAUGAACAGUUUACUGGAUGUUUUGUUACGAGUACAUUUGGUGCCUAACCGAGAAGCCAAAUACAGAAGCUAUAUCCAGAAAAAAGCAGAAGAAAGAUCAAAAAAAGACUCGCAACAGCCAGUAGACGAUAAUAGCAGGACAUCUACUUUUGCCGAUCUGCCUAGGAAUGCAAGAAGGAAUAUUGCACGAGGCGAAGAAUACAAGAAAAAAAAGUACGAAGCAAAAAUAAAAAGAAAGCCUGAAGAAGCGCACAAAUGGAAAGCUAAAGUCGAUACGUACCAAAAAAGGAUUGAUGGAUACAAAAUGGCUGUUUUGGUAAGAUGCCUUAUUUUCGUGCUACAAGAUAUUGACAAUGUAAUUAAAAAUGAUGACGAGGAUGACGUGGAAGAAGAAGAGCUGAUCACAGGCAACACCACAGAUUUAACAAGAAGGAGAUUACGCUGCUUAAAAUCUGUUCUGAAAAGCCUACUUCUCGAUGACAGAAAAGAUGAAUUCAGUAUCGACGACCUGAAAAAGGAAUGUUCUGACGUUGAAGAAAAAGAAGCAUAUCCUUGCCUGCUGAUUUUGAAUGCUUUGAAGCCGUAUAUUCCAAAGAAGAAAGAACGGUUCAUUAUAGCUCAUCAAUUACCAUUUUGCAUCCUAGCGAAUGAUACUCUUUUGUAUGCUGGCUACAGGAAGUUUUACAGAAAGCUUUGUCCGCAGCCAUCUGCUUCUUCACUGCAUGCCUUAAGAAUAGACGGGCCAUCAUUGUAUCAAAUACUGACCAGACUUCCUUGUGCAUUGGCAAUAUUCAACUAUGAUAACUAUCUCAUAGAAUCGGUUGAAGAAGCUCGCCAAAACAAGGAUGCUGUUUUUAGCUCAUUGUUUGAUAUGAAUGCUAUAGCAACGGUGUGCAAGUCCAAAGGUCGCCCGCUUGCUUGGAACAAAGGAUUCUGUGGUGAUUCAAGCAAGAAGAAAGGUCCCGCCUCAUAUGAAUUGACAGAUCAUCCGACUGUAAAAGAGGAAUCUAAAAAGCCAAAAGAGACUCUUGUGCAAGAAUUCCAAGGCAUGCAAUCUGAAGUCGUUCAGAUAGAAAAAUUACUUAAAGAUGCAUUGAAGAACAACAAUAACAGGGACUUCUCUAAGGACAUCAAAGACUUGAAGGCCAAAUGGAGAAAUAGCAGCCUUGAAGAAAAGGUUGACUUAUACAGCGCCAUCGAACAAGUCCAAGAUGAACGAGACCAGUCGUUUUUGUCUGUGCAAGCAGCAAGAGAUAAACUGAAGUUGAAAAGACAACUGAUGCAUUUUAAAAGGGUAGCGAUGAAGCAAAAACCUGCAAUCACCCACGAAACAGCCACUACCUCCCAAAGUAGCAAUACUCAGUGGCAUAUUGUGCAGAAAUAUGGUCAUGGGAUUGCUAAAGUGGAAGAUUGUCGACUAAGCCCACAGGUUAAUCCUUCUGAAGAAUUUAUUUUUUCUGGCACAGAUAAUGGUCUGAAGACUAUGACAAGUACUGUUCCCCUGACGAUGAAACGAUUCAAGUUUCACCUUGAGCUGCGAAAUAAGUACAAAGCAUUGGAAAAUAUCGAUGAGUGUAAAGAAGAAGCUCAGAAAAUAGUGAGCAAGUAUAGCAGUGAAGAAUCUGAUGCAAAAUCAUUUCUGCAGCUACCAUCUUCUAUGGCAAUGAAGACAGGCGAUAUAGAUAUUGGCUCAGGAUAUUAUAAUGUCCGAAGAAAGCUGGAAAAAGCAAAGAAGUCAACAGAAGGCAAAGCAGUACAAGUCAUUGAAAAUAAUCUUUCAAAGUUAGACUUAAAGAUGGCAACAAGCGUUGAGCAAGCAAUGAGUAUACAUCAGCACCGUAUCAGUAACCGUUUAGCUCUCAGAAAUUUUUAUAAUUCCAAAAAGAGAGUUAAAUUGAAACGAACGUGCGAAAUGCAAAACGACAGCUUUCGAAGACGAUUGUGCGCAAAAGAAAGAACAUUUUUGAUAGAAAAGAAAGCAAAAGGUAGAAGCAGGCCUUGCCCUAUCAUGUUUAUCGGAGGCAGAGGCACGGGGGUAGGCUCAACCAUAAAGGGAUAUAGAAGAUAUGGUGGAAAAUGGAAGCAGUGCAUGCAUGGUAUGAACAUCAAUGUGUGUAUCACAAAUGAAAACAUAACAUCACAAACAUGCAUGUACUGCUUCUCCAAGCUGGACCAUCCCAUCCAUCGAAAGGUUAUAAAUGGCAAAGAAAUCAAGACAAAGGUCAAAGGAUCGUUCUUGUGCAGCAAUCCUGACUGUGUUUUGGUCUCAAACAAAAAAGCCAUCAAGUCUAGAGACAACCUGUCUGCCCUCGCCAUUGGCCUUUCUGGCCUUUGCUCGUUACUCUUCCAGGAAACAUUUCCUGAACUAUCUGCAAAAAUCAGUCAAUCCAACACUGACUUCAUAAACAAGACCGCAUCCUUCCUAAAUGCAAGAGAAUGCUGGGACACUGGCCGUGAUGCCAGUAAUCGGGAUCGAAUUGUGACUUCUUAA